CAGUUUGAUAACCAUAUUCUUUACCUUCAAGAUAUUGUUGUUUAGUGGAAUGAUUCUGACCUUCUUCGAAUCCCUUUUGAUAAUAUUGAUGUUCGAGAUUUAAAACUUCAUCAGUAUCAAUGUUGAUGGUUGGCUCGUGAUCCAUAUCUAUUACUUUCCUCCUCUUAUACGUAUCAGACAUCAAGAUGGAUUGAAAUGUAUAUGAUCUGAUAAUAAAUGGUAUAGUCUGAAAUUUCAGAGAUGUGAAAAAUUAAAAAAAAAUAUAUAUAUUUUUGUGAGUGCAACUUUGCAAUCAUUUAAAGAGGAUAGUAUCAACAAAGCAUUGAUCAUGAGCAAUAACAAUGCUUCAGAUGAUGAAGUUGAACAGGACGUGUUGGGGAAUGAUAAGAAACUAAAACAGAAACAUAGACAUGAUCUACGAUUGAAUUAUGAAUCGGAUUCUUCAGUUGAAGAUUAUGAGAAAGAGGACGAUGAAGAUGAAGAAGAGACUAAAGCUAAUGAUAAUGAUAAAAAUGACGACGAUGACGAUGAUGACAUGUUUGCCAGUGAUAAAGAAGAAGUAGAACCUGAACCUAUUAAGAAGUCUAAAAAGUUGGAAGUGAAGUUUCUUGAUAUAGAGGAGUUUGAGAAGAAUGAAGGUAUAGGAGCAUUUGAUGAAGAGAAAGAUGCAUUCGUGACUGAUGAAGAUAUGAAUCAGUCAGAUAUCGAUGAUGAUGAGGAAGAUGAUGAUGAACAGACUAAUAAUGUUAAUUCGUACUAUACCAAUAUUGAAGACUUUGAUGAAGGAGAUAGAGGACAAUUGAAAAAGAAAGAUCCUAAAAUUGAAGCAUUUGAUCUUAAUGAUGAAGCCAAUGAAGGGAAAUUUGAUAUUGAUGGCAACUUCAUACCGAAUGAGAAACAUGAUGAUGAAAAUAAUGAAGAAGAAUGGAUUAAUGAUUAUAAGAAAUCGGAUAUUUAUAAAGCCAAGAAGGCUCAAGAAGCAAGAUCAAAAAUUGAACAAGAGAAUAUAUUAAAGAAUUUAUCAAACCAACGAAUACCAAUUGAAGAAUUAUUAGAGCAAUUGAUAGGUUUAUUGGAACCAAGUGAAACUCCAAUGGAAGCACUCGGGAGAUUGAAUCCAAAAAGGAAAAGAAAUAAAUCGAAAAAGACGAAAGAAGAUUCAGAUGCAGAUCAAAACCGAAAGCAGAACAUAGUUACUAUAACUGAUUUAUGUGAUAAAUUACUAUAUGAUAAACUACUUAGAGAUGUGUAUGAUUUAAGUAAAGAGGAAUUGAUGAGAAAGUAUCAACAAGAGACAGGUGUGAGUUAUAAUGAUUUAAAAAGAGGGAUAAAACGACCUCAUGAAGAUGAAGAUGAAGAUGAAGAUGAAGAGAAGGUUGUCGAUUAUGGUGAGAAGAUUUGGGAAUUCAGAUGGAUUGGUGAUGAUGCUAUCAUGGGUCCUUAUUCCAAUUACGAGAUGAAUGAUUGGAAACUGAAUUACUUUGAAAAUAAAGUUAUAGUUAGAAAAGUUGGAGAUAUAGAGUUCACUCCGGUUGAUCAAGUCAACUUUGAAGAUUUGUAAAUAAAAACAACUACGGCAAACGUUAAUAUAUAUUU